CACAGCCAGACUGGGGGAGAGAAGGAGAGAGUGGAGGAAGGCAGUGCAGAGAGAAUAGAAGCAGUGAUAAGGAAGAGAGGACUAUCAGAUGAUGAGAGAGUUAGACAAAGUAUCGCUAAACUUCCUGAAACAUCUGGCACUGUGCUGAAAUUCCUGGGGCAGGGGAUGGAACACCGGAGCAGCCAGACAGAGAGAGCCUGAGUCCAGCACAGAUACAGCACUGUCUACUCCUCACUUCCCGAGAUGUGUCAGAGAGGCAGAUGGAGCUGGUGGUGGCAACGUGGGCUACCGGUGCAGGACUCCAGCCAGGUGUGUGAAUGGAUGUCUUGGUACUAAACCUGCAUUAUUUCCAAGGGCCCAACACAUGGAGACAAAGGGAAGCACCAGGGAUACUCAGCUGCUUUCUAUGCCACAGUGGCUUUCCCUGGAUUUUAGCAAAGAUGGCAGCUGAAGUUAAUAUGAGGGAAUGUCUCGCUCAAAUAGACAAAGAAAAAAGGAGAACUUCUAGAGUCAACAAGAGCCCAAGGAAAGGGAAGCCUUCAUCUGGGGGGAGUGGAAGCAUUGAGGAUGUGGGUAAAUCAGGGGUGGCACAAACUGAGGUGGUCGCAAAGACAUCAGUUCUUCAGGGUAAAAUUAAAGCUCUAAAAGAGAAACACAAGGAGUUGAAAACCAAAGAGUGUAGCAAAGAGGAAGGAGACCUGGCAGAGGAUGUCCUGGUGGUUCCCCAGCUACGUACAUAUCUGACAGAAGAUGCACUUGGAAAUAGUAGCCCCGGAAGAUCCGUCAAUACUGGACAGGAGAAUUUGGGUUCAGAGAAAGAUUGGGGUGACUGCAGGAUAGAUGGUGCUGAACAUAAAUACAAUGGGCAUUUGGCAAUGAGCUUUUCUGAUAUGAAUCUGAACACAAACGAGAUGAACUCACAGAUAUGGCCUGAGGAUCGACUGCCAUCCUCUUUCCAGGAGAAGUUAGGUCCAUCACAGUAUACGAACAACCUGAGCCUGGCUGAGAGAGUGGAAAGGAACAGACAGGACCUAAGAUCUAAAUUCAUCAAAGCCACGUGUUACGAUGUAGCGGCAUUGCAUGGAGAUGGGGAUGAUCAAAUACACCUAUCCAAUGACCCCUGGAUAUUUCUUGGGAACGUGGAUGGUGACUCUGGCGUGUCACUGCCGGUUUCAGAGAGCUGCAGGGAGCUGAGCGUCCGUCACGAGCAGGCCAAGCAGCUGUUGCACAGAGCACGAAUGAAAGCUAAGGGAGCGAGUCCAUUGCGAGCCUCUCACUGUGUUAUAUCUCAUCCGAACUCGCAGCCUCCACUCAGGCGGACCGCUUGUAUUUCUUGUACUACUACAGAUGGGGGUUCACUAAGUGAUAGCUCCAGCAGUGACUAUUGUUCGUGGCAACGAGGCUCCCGGGGAAGCUCACCAUCUCAUGUUCGUUUCCAAGAUGAGUCUGAAUGGGAUGCAGAGGAGCGCUACCGUGAACGACAGCAACAAAGUCCACAAGCACUGUGUGUGAACACCACUCCACCAGUUAAACGACACUCCAAUGGCCAUGGUUCCUGGACACAGAACCUGGUACCAUCUGUGAAUGAACAAUGUGGAGCAUGUGGUUCUUAUCCAAAUGGAUCAGGAGUUAGUCAUAUUGCUGGAGGGACCUGCCAUGGUUCCACUCCUCGGAAUGUUCAGCUGGGUCCUAGAAUAACUCAGGAAGGUCCUCUCAGCAGCAUCACAGGGACCCGACCAUCUCCUCAUUGGAUUCUCCCAUCCCAGCCAUGGCGAAUACAUUCAGAGCUAAUCCGGGAGACACACAUUGGAGGGGAUUCCACUGCAGACUCAUCAGGGGAAGACGAGGGAAGCCGUAGCCAGAGUAAAAAUAGUCCUAGCUGUACCAUCAGACAAAACUUCAGAAACAAACCACACAAUUUAUUACCUAAGCCAGGAACCACGACAAACUCCUCCAAUCCAGAAAUUGAAACAAGCAGUAAUGUGCCUGGUGCUAAGAUACCAAGUGAAAGUAAGCCUAGCCUGCAGAAAUCUAUAAUAGACCCUAGAGCAAAACAUUACCCACCACCUAUAAAUCCAAACUCAAAAGCCAAAAUUCCAGAAUCAAAUCUAGAAACACAAUCUAUACCCAGAGCAUGUCAGCUGGAUGCAGUAAUAAAAUCCAGGAAUCAGCCAGUGCCACGUAAUGUGAAUACUAAAACAGCAAUGAGGACUGUAGAACUCAGGAAAGAACUCAAUCCUGAUAUUGGUACUGGAGAUAUUUUGCUCAAUUUAGAGAUCAGAGAAGGUACGAAGAAACUCAGUCCAACUGAUGGAAAACCCCAGACUGCCUCUACAGUACCUUGUAUGAAGCAGAUAAUACCUCCAUUAGAUGUAGAUUCUGUUGAGGGUAGCCGCUCAUUCUCUGGCCAUGUGCCUGUGCCACCAGCAGGGAGAGCCCCCAUGACUGUGCCAUCCAGAAAUACCAGGUUUACAAUGCGUCCAGAAGAAACCGUUCCACGGGAAGCAAGUUUGGUGGAAAUGCACAAUAAAAAUAAUGUUAAACAUAAUCCACUGCCAAAAUCCCUUCGAAAAAAUGUGGAUGCUCUAGGGGACGACCAGCCAGUCUCACAAACUGGUACCAAAACCAAGGAUAGUAAGACUAGAGAAAGAUCUCAUAAGUCUAGGAAGCAAGUAGACAAUGAAAAGUCUAACAGUGUCAAAGAGCACAGGAUCCAUAAUAGAAAUCAUGUGCCAACUGAACUGGCAGAAAGGGAACAAACUCACAUAACUAAGAGACAAAGUGACAGAGAGCGACCUCAAAUAAUCAGAGAACAAGCUGAUGUCAAAGAUGACACGAACAGAACAAUGGUCGGCUCAUCCAGGCAACAACAGAUCAGCGACAGGCAUCAUACAACCAGAGAAGAGAAGUGUACUGAAAGCAGGGGGACUGUUAAACAACACAGUGUCAACAAUACAAACAAAGGAGACAACAUCUUCCGGUCCACAAGUCAAGAUGAUUUCACUCAUGAAAAGCAAUUGGUACAUGAGCCAGGGAAUGAGCGUGGGCCAAAUGUUCCUGUUAUGCCUCUCAACCCAUUGCCAUCUCCGGUAAAGAAAAGUGACAUCCGCAGUGGGAUGAGGAAGCUCUUCUCUACGUUUGGGUUGACCUCUCGUCCCAGACUGGAUCGAUUCCAGUCAUCCAGUUUAGAGCAGAUCUCUCAUGCAGCUGUCCACAACAGAGAUGGUGACGGAGAUGGGGAAAGCGAGACGGGUAGUGUAGCAAUGAAACCAAGCAGAAUUAAGAAGAGCCCAUCGCUGCAGUCACUGAAACUGAUGUCACCAUUUCACUUGCCACGAAAAUCAUCCUCUGUUCAAAACUUGUUGGGAAAAUCAGACAGAUCCAUAGUGUAUGUGACUGGAGAUGGCAACACAGCACCAAGGCGUGCUCUCAGUGUGGAAGAUAUUGGAUCCCCAGAUAUGCCCCGGGCAGUUGGCAGAGUGUCAGAGGUUUACCCUGAUGGUACCCGUCUUUUAGAACUGCAGCGCCCCCCACAGGGUAGUUUUGGGUUCACAAUCUCAUCUGGCAAUGGCAGACCAGACUCAGGUAUUUAUGUUCAGGAGAUGAUUGAUGCCAACACAGCCAAACUGUACUCGGGUCUACUGCGAGUGGGAGAUGAGAUCUUGGAGUUAAACGGUACAAAAGUUUCAACUCUUGGACAUGCCCGAUUGAAUGAGAUCAUGGGCCGCGAGCCCAUCUUGUCUCUUCGUGUCCUGCACCAGAGACGGACCAAGUGCUGAAUACUCGAAAGUUCUAAACCCUUCUACAGUAAAGAUCUUGCAAACAGUCUAGAUUCUACGUGGCGUGGCUCUCAGCAUUUUUAUACAGAGGGUAAAAUAUUUAUUUGUUUUUCUUAAUCCGGGACAAUAUUUUUAUCUGUUGACAUUUUUAAGUGUUUUUAAAGACUGUUGUUCCUCAUGUAUUUCAGACUUCAGUUCUAUGUGUAUCGUGUUUUUAAAGCGUCUGUUUACCAAACAAUUUUGCACUGUCUUCUGCCACCAUAUUUUAUUUGUCCAAUAAGACAGGUGUGAAACACAGAAGAAAGCUUGUUCCAUUGUCUGUUUACACGUGAAAUGUGCUUCCAUGUAAACAAUGGUCAUUAAACGUAUCAGUAUUAACCUGGUAGGGCCCAUGAAGGAAUGGACCUUUAAUUCUCUGUAAUGGUUUGUAGCACAGAUCACACAUCCACUUAUCCUUGUGUAUUUAUGAGUCCGUUGUUGGCUCCUCA